ACACAAUAUAAUAAGUCUAAGGAGCUAGGAAUUGAGAGAUUUAGUGACUUAAUUAAAAGUGAAACCCCUCGACUAGACCGAUUAUACAAUAAAGUCCUAAAGAUUAGCUUUAUUCUUAAAGAGAUUAGUAAGAAAGAUAAGAAUAAAGACUCUAAAAAGAAGAAAGGCCUUCGUAAUCAGCCUCUAGCUAGAAAGGAUAUUCACGAAUACGCUCGCGAGAAGCGUAAGGAGGAGCUUAGCGAUAAUAAGAGAUAUAGAAAUAAGUAUUUCGACUAUAAGGCCUAUUUCCUAGGAAUCACACUUACUAAUAAAGGAGAGGCUUUUAUUAAAUUAACCUCCUUUUAUAAGAAGAUUAAGCUCCUUAUAGGCCGAUACCCUAGGAUCUAG